AUAUACUGUUGUGUACUCGUAUGUUUUGUUGUGUGCAUGCAUAUAUAUAUAUAUAUGUUCAUUGCGUUGACCAUGAGCCUCGGUGGUGCACUGACGUUCGAGGGUUGUUUAAGAAUUUGAAAUCGAAAAUCGGUGAACACCGCCUCGUCGCCGAACGGUACCGAAACGGAUUCGUUCAGAAAAACGGUUUUCCGUAUAAAAAGGCUUCGGGGACAGGAACGAUACAACAGUGCAAAACACAAACUCACAUCUGCACACACAUUCAAUGUAUUUCCGAGUAUUUACGAACAUGUGCAUAAACGCCGUAAAACGGUCCGCGGGGGGGUAGUGUGGCGUCUCGAACUGAUGAAUUCCGUUUUCUGAACAUCGUCGCGAGCGACCAUCGAUGGUGUGAAUAACAAUAUUAUCGAAGACGACGAAAACGCGGUGCUCCGAUGGGGUGGACAUUGCAACAGCCUAGAUCACGUCAUUUGUUAUUACUCUUCAUAACGUUCGCGUCAUGCGUCACGGUCGUGUUCAUUUCCAAAUCUGAUACCAGAGAGAUGUACGAUCAUGGUUCAGUGACAUAUAAGAUGGCAGAAAUGGAAAUGCGCGUGGAUCACCUAACUAGAUUAUAUGAACUGAGGGACAAAGAUGUCCAGGAACUGAUUAAACAUUUCAGUUCGGUUCUGAAAACGAUUGUAAAAUCAUUAAACGUUUCAGUGUCAGGCGAUAUUGAAUCUUUAAUAGUUGCUUACAAUAAAUCUAUCGAAAUGGUCAGAUCACCAAUGGCAAAUUUCGACGUGUAUACUUUCUUACCCCAUCUGCGAUCCCAUAAGGACUACUUGAGACCGUUGAUAUUACAUUCCGGUGGCAGAAAUGCAGUGUCUAUGGUAUUUGGAGUUCCUACUGUUCGACGCCAACAACAAACAUAUUUAAUUCAAACACUAAUUAAUCUUGUGAGCAAUAUGAAUCAAACUGAACAAAAAGAUUCGUUAAUAGUAAUAAUGAUUGGCGAGACUGAUCAUGAAUAUACACACCAGGUUACUGAGGAAAUUAAAAAUCGACUAUCCGAUGCUGUUAAUUCAGGUCUUAUUGAUAUAAUUGCACCAUCUCCAGAAUAUUAUCCCGAUUUUAGUAAACUGCGUCUCACUCUCGGCGAUUCUGAAGAUAGAGUCCGCUGGAGGAGUAAACAAAAUUUAGAUUAUGUAUUUUUAAUGAUGUACUGUCAACCGAAGGGUUCAUUUUAUGUUCAACUUGAAGAUGACGUAGUCGCAAAACCUCAAUUUCAUACUAUUAUGAAAAAAACAGCCUUACAGAGAAUAGCUGAUGGACAAGAAUGGUUUAUACUAGACUUUUGUCGUCUUGGAUUUAUAGGUAAAAUGAUAAGAUGCUCAGAUUUACCGUGGCUAAUCCAAUUUAUUGUGAUGUUUUAUAACGACAAACCGGGGGAUUGGCUCCUCGACGGAAUGAUGGAAACAAAGGCUUGUAACCUUGAGAAAGAUCUUAGAGAUUGUCGAAAACGUAAAGAUGAAAUAUGGGUGACAUUCAGACCAUCUCUUUUUCAACAUAUUGGUACUAGAUCGUCUUUGAAUGGUAAAAUUCAACUACUAAAGGAUGGUCUUUUCAGAAAAAGUGUGAAUGUUAAACGCACAAAUAAAAUUAUAGGAAAAUGACCUAUGGCCAGGUACAGGUUACCUGUAGCAAAAAUUAAAAAAAGUCUCAUGAAAUGAUGAGAUAAAAAAAGUGAAAAUUGACUGUGAUUACUGGAGUGAAAUGAUAUAUUAUAUUAUAAUAUAUGUAAACUUUUUAUUUAUACAUUUAAAUUCAAAUUUAAAUGUGUAACAGUAAAAUUAAUAACAAUAUGAAAUAAUUAUUGAUUAUUUUCACGCAUUUAAAUAAUAGAGAUAUAUUCGUUUACGCUAAACAUACAUCAUUGAGUAUUUCAUUAUUAUUUCCAUUUAAUUUACAUCAAAAGGAAACUCUGAUAUGAAAUAAAAACAUUAUUCAAAAAUAAGUGUACAUUAUUUAUAAGAAAUAUAAUAACAGUACACUUAUACUCAGGGUUAACAAGGGACCUAAUUUUAAUAUUUAAAUUUUUAAUUAAAUACCCUAUAUUAUGUAUUGAGUAAAUUAUGAAAGUAGAAUCGGAGAAAUAGUAUUCAUACUACGUAUUAUCUUAUAUUAUUAAUUUUAUAUAAAUCAAUGUACCUAGUCAGAUGAAGAAAAAUAAAUAUAUGUCUAACGUUGAAAACCGAAUAUUAUUACUCACAGAGAAAUGUUAAUAAAUAUUAGAACUUAAUAAAAUGUAAUUAAUACGUGAUGAAUGAA